AUGGCCAAGAAGGGAAAGAAGGGAAAGAAGGGUGGAGAGGCUAAAACGGAGGCCCAGCUCCUGAAGGAAGAGGAACAGCGCAAGCGGGUCAUGGAAGUCAUCAAGGAGAAGGCCAAGGAGCGUCAGGCUCUGGAGGAAAAGAACGCCAAAAUCAAUAUGCUCAAGAUCAAUAACAUGUGGAGGGAAAUCAUGAAAAUCGCCAAGACUCGUGAGAUGUCGCAUCAAACGCAAGUCCUCAAGAGCGUGCACGAGCGCCAAGUCGACAGAAAGACUGUGGGGAUACUGAACCUGGGCCAGAGUCUCUUCGAGGCCGAGGAACAGUUCGAGACUGCUCUGAAGGCACAUUGCAUCAACGUCGAUACGCUGAUAGACCUGCAGAGAAGCCGCCUGGACUUUUUGAUGAGCCAGUUCGAGAGCGACCUCGGCACCCUUGAUACCGAGUUCAACAGCGAGAGGUACGCGCGCUUUGGCCGAUCGCUUGGCUCAGAUAUGCGCUUAGGCAGCCAUUGGGGCACUCGAGCCCUUGGUGGCCGCGGUGGCACCCGUCUGAUCACAUAUCGAAUUGGAAGAGCACGGAUACAGAUGCAGCAUGCAAAGGACAAGGCAGAUCUUGUGGGAAUCAUGACUCGGAUGGACCAGGAGUUUCAAGAAACCGAAGGCGAUGCCAAGCACGAGUACUCCAGUUUGAAGGACGACAUCAAAAACAAGAAUCUCGAAGAGAAGCAUAGUCUGAGAAUCCAGCUCGAGGGCACCGUCGAAGAUCUGUGGAAACAGUUUCAGGCCGCCUUGAACCAAUACAACACUGGCACCGAGGAGCGGAAGAAGCAGUUUGAGGAACUCAAGCAAAAAGACCAAAAGAAUGCCAAGGAGAUCGAACAGCAGAUGAAGAAACUCGUCAAACUGCAAGAGACCAUCGCGGGCUUGAAAACCAAGCUGUCCAAUAACGCGCGCGAGUUUGAGCAGCAGAACAAGAUCCUACGGGAGGAGAAGGAGCUCAUCCAGGGGCGGUUCCAGGCUCUCAAGCGCCGGAUGAACUCCUUCCGGGACGACGAGCGCAAGAAACUCACCGAUCUGACCAUCACCUCCAACCGCGUCCUGAAGGAUCUGCAGGAGAAAGUGCAGAAGGCCGAGAAGAUCAUCAAACUUGCCGAGAUGAACCGCAAACUCGAGGUCGAGGAGGAGAAGAUUGUGCCAUUCUACAAGGACUCGAUUGAAGGGACCCGAUACGAGGCGAUGGACAUCUCGGCCGAAAGUGGCAUCAAGCUGCCCAAGGAGUUUGAGGCCAUGGAGCAGUUCCACAAGCGCUUCAACAAGGUGCAUCUGGACAAACUCGGGCUGGAAAAGCAGCACAAGACGCUGCAAGAGGAGAAUGCCCACUUGCGAUCCAUUCUGAAGCAGUAUCUUGAUGGCAUCAGCGUGACCGAGACGGUGCUGUCGCAGCUCAAUCCGCUGAUCGUGGUCAACGGCCGAACGAAUGCUCCGCUGGAUCAUCCUCAAAGUCAGAUGAAUCUGACCUACGUUGAAGCCCGCCACCAGCUUGAGGCGCAAAAAAUGAAUGCCGUUGGUGAUGUCGUCCCGCACCGGAGCUGGACAAGCUUUGUGCCAUAA